UACAGAGCACAAAAAAGUGGAUCAAGGUGGUGCCUAAGAGUCGAUGUCCGAGGGGUCCCUGAAGGCAUCAUUUGACUGACAAUCCCCCAGCCUAAUCCAGAGUGCGGAUCCACAGCGGCGGCGGUGUGACUCCAAUCCGCCUGUAAUAACUACAUUUCGAGGGUGACCGCCGCAGAACCCCGAAGCCUUUGUUUCUUCGGUGUUUCAGAAGGACUUUUCUCGGAGGCUGCCGCUGUCGGGUUCCGGUUUUCCCCCAGCAGACGUUACGUCCGGACAAUGGAAUCCAACGUCCUCCCGGACAGCCUCCGCAGCCAGAGGCUCCAGCCGGGGAUCGGGUUCGGCUCGGGCACCCUGCGCUCCUCCUCCUCGUCGUCCCUGCGGCCGGGGGUCACCGUCCCCAUCGCGCCGCUCGUGUCAGCGGCGUCGGGGCCUCCACCGCCGCCGCCGCCGCUGCAGCUCCACAGCCUGUACGGCGGCGGGGUGGGAGCCGCGCUGGGGCUGGGGCCGGGGGCGAGCGGCCACUGUAACCCGGGGAACCCCGCCGUGUUGAAGGAGGCGGUGGAGGCGGUGGUCCGCAGCUUCGCCAAACACACGCAGGGUUACGGCAGAGUGAAUGUGGUGGAGGCGUUGCAGGAGUUCUGGCAGAUGAAGCAGACCAGAGGAGCAGACCUGCGGAACGGCGCUCUGGUCGUUUAUGAAAUGGUUCCUUCCAACAGCCCCCCGUAUGUCUGCUACGUUAGCCUUCCGGGUGGAAGCUGCUUCGGAAGUUUCCAGUUCUGUCCGACUAAAGCUGAGGCCAGGCGCAGCGCCGCCAAGAUUGCCCUGAUGAACUCCGUUUUUAACGAGCAUCCAUCUCGUCGGAUUACAGACGACUUUAUUGAGAAGAGCGUGAGCGAAGCCCUGACCUCCUUUAAUGGAAACAGAGAGGAGGCCGACAAUCCCAAUACGGGCAUCGGAGCUUUUCGUUUCAUGCUGGAGUCCAACAAGGGAAAAUCCAUGCUGGAGUUCCAGGAGUUGAUGACAGUUUUCCAGCUGCUGCACUGGAAUGGAAGCCUCAAAGCCAUGAGAGAGCGACAGUGUUCCCGACAGGAGGUGCUGGCUCACUACUCCCACCGGGCUCUGGAUGACGACAUGCGCACUCAGAUGGCGGCCGACUGGGUGAACCGGGAGCAGAGCAUGGCGGGCACCAUCGCGCAGGAGCUGGCGUCCACUGAGCGAGAGCUGGAGGACGCCAGGCUGGCGGGCAGAGAACUGCGCUUUUACAAAGAGAAGAAGGACAUCCUCAUGCUAGCGGUGGGGCAGCUCAGCGCUGCCAAUGCUGCCACUCUUCCCUCACACUAACACUUUGCAGAAGGCACACCUUCACCACACCAUAGGAUUCUGGGUAACCACUGAUUACCAUCAUGCUUUUUGUUACAAAGAGCAGGGAUCAGAAUUUAGUUUUAGUCCAUAAAAUGAAAUGUGACGGACACAUCAGCAGCCAUGCUAUUCACUGAGAGUAGACUUAAAGAAAUCAGGUUUUACUCACUGAAUUUAAGGGACAUAAUGUGACCAAUAGAACACAGAAAGUUAGGAUUACUUAAUGUCGUCAUUCAUUAAAGAUAUUGUGGCUUUUCCUAUUAAGAAGAUACAUUUUUAGCAAAACUCCAAUUGGACCCCUCCCCACAUCAAACAUAAUAUCUAACAACGUUUUUUAAUUAAAAGGUUAAUGUAUUUAAAAAAUGCAACUUUUGAAACCUUAUUAAGAAUAUUUUACAUAUUUGCAAAAUACGUUAACAGGUUAUGCCUUAGUCACAAUUGCCCUCACGGGUGGAUGGUCUGCGGGUGAAAAAUGGGCAAACCUAUAUGGGGCACACAGAUGACCCGCACGGAAUUAUAAGAAUGUACACCCCUCAGUGAGCCCAUAGAGUGAAAAUGCACAUUUUUUUUUACACCUGUACAAAACGUAAGGGUGAAGUAAGUGAGACUCAUUUUUUAAGCCCCAAACCCAACACACCGCACAUUAGUGCUGUUCAGAUGAUCAGUGCGCGCUCUGACUAAAAGAUUUGAGGAAAUGACACAAUCAGAGCGUAGUUUAUGCAUCAUAACCGCAUGCUGUGGUACUUACUGUGUUUUCUGAACUAUAUAAGGUGCACCGAGCAUUAAGGAGCAUUAAGGGCAACAACAGAGUCAGAGAUAAGUUUGUCUGUGAGACUUUUCCCAGUAACUCUACAAACUAUUGUUUGAAACACGCUAGCCAUGUUAAUGUAUUCACAAUACCCAUAACUCACAACCUUGUUCGCAAACCCCCAAAAAAGAAAAACUGAUAGCACUAACACAAAUGUUACUGUGACUAUGCUAACUCCCAAUCUCAAUAGUAGCAUUAAAAAAAAAAAAAACAGAGAGGUCCACGUUAGCCAUGUUAGCGUAUUUGCAAUAACUCCCAACCUUGAUUGCAAUUCUUAAAAAUAAGGGCUGACAUUUUACUAGAGCUCUCUAUACCCCUCAAAAUCAAAAGCUUCGACAUCAGUAAACACAACCAAAAGGUGCUCACAACUAUAAGGUGUAUGAAAGAGGCCAUACCCUGCUUUUCCCAAGAAAUAGUCUGCUCCUUUUCUCCAUCAGGAAGUACUCUGCUCCUUUUCUCCACCAGGAAAUAGUCUGUUCCCUUUCUCCUGCCGUCUUCCCAAUAUCCCCAUCUGCUUGCGCCAUUCUCGGAUACGUUCAGGAUCCAUCCCAUCAUGUUGUGCAGAUUCCUUACCAGGAGUUCCUUCAUUAAGUUUGAACGCUAAUUUUAAUGAGCGUUUCUUAGCCAUCGCUAAACUGGCUCACAACACAGACAGCCGGCGUCUGCACGACUGUGCACGAGCCGGGGGUAGGGAGCUCGCGAAGCUAGCUGACACCAAAGAAAGUCUUUGUGUUGGCCUGGGGGCGGAGCAGACUCUUCCUGGAGGGGGCGGUUCUCAACUAGUGAUGUAAGCAUGUGAGAACCUGCUCGUUUUUGUGGGUAUGGGAGGGGCUGCUGUUGAGAGCGCCGCUUUUUAGAAUAUUACUCAGAAACGGAUCAAAAUACCACUUUGGGGUUCUUUACGGUGAGGAAUAAACAGAAUAAUGCACUUAAAGCAUAAAAAGUUAGUUUUUCAUGGUAUGGCCUCUUUAAGCAAAACAGAAGAGUUAGCAAUAAGUCAAUCAGUCAGACUUACUAACUAUUAACUGUAAUUCUAGAAGUUGUUCAUGAACUUGCUACAUGUUAGCCAAGUUAGCGUAUUAACAAUAGCUGUAACUUCCAACCUUGUUAAAAAAAAAAAGGACUGAUACCGCUAAAACAAACGUUACUGUGGCUACGCUAACUCCCAACCUUGUUGGUAACACGUAAAAAAAACAGUAAACACAACAAUCCAUAUUAGAUGCUCUGUAUUAUAAGGUGCACUGUCGUUAUUUUUUAAAUUAAGGCUUUAAGUACCCUUUAUAGUGUGGAGAACACAGUACAUAUCAACUGCACACCUCCUGCCUGCAGCAUUUGUGUGCAGUCAGUAAGGAACCAGUAUUUGCACCUUACAGAUGACAAGAGUGCAGAGGACUACAGCAUCACCCGUACGUCAGAAGUGCGUGUCACUUACACUAUCAGUAUAAAAACUUCAGGAUACACUUACCACACACAACAAUGCUAUGUACCUUUUCAUACAUGAGCUUGAACAACCAAAAAUCACCCAUAUGGUUCAAUCCCCCCGUACAAGAGCAUGAGACUAAGGCAUUACUGAUGGCUGCAGCAGCUGCUCAGGUUUACCAAGAAUUAGAUGGUAAUCUGUCAUCGUGUUGCUUUUGACUAUUGUAGAGUUCACUGUGUGUGGUGAGAAUGCCAGCAGCCGAAUGUAUGCUCUGUGUCACAAACAGAAGGACCUACAAAGCAGCUCUGUUACACUGUGGGAUUACUCAUCUGAAAUGGAUUGUUUGUGGUGUAGCAAAGAGGAGCUGAGAAGUGAAAUGUAGAUGAAGGAUCCAGUGUUGGUUAGAGGUACAGUAUGAAGGAUUGAAAAGUAGUUUGGAAAGUUUCUGAGCUGCUUUGCCUUAUUUUUGGUUUGAGAUAUCCCAACUUUAUAUUGUUUUUCAAAAGACAUCAUUUGUUUAAAAGUAAAACUCUGUAGAGAUAGACACCCUAUAAACAUAAAGGCAGUUGAUCCGGUGGUCUCUUGGAAACACAUGAAUGAAGUUUAUUGGACUGUCUCUACUUAAGAGAUCAGUCUGGAUUUAGGCAAAUUAAACAGCAGGAGGGCCCGUAUUUUUGAAGCACAAUAAAAGUAAAGGAAUUGGGAAAUAAAAAACACAAAAUGAUCCAGAAGAAUAAAGUUAAAGUCAAACAUUUGGAAUUUUAUUUUGUGGUCAUUGUACUUAGUUUUACAAGAAAAUAUGUAGCAUUUAAUUUUCAGACUUUUUUAAAACGCUCCUUAAUUAGCUUUGACCCUUUACAUUUAUUUCAAAAUUGAGAUGAAAUUUGUUGAGUUGCUUAAUGUCAUAAGACUUUUUGUUUUACCUUUUCUUUCUUUUUUCUUUUUACAAACAAUGAUUGUAAUAUCAUAAGAGCCAUGAAAAAUAUUAACAUGAACAUUUGUUUUGUUAAACUUUUGGAAACUUUGACCUAUGUGUGUCCUUUUCAUUUCUUACUUUUCUAAAUGGGCAGUAUUUUUUUUAUCUCCUGUUGUUGAUUUUUUAACAUAAAAGUCUCAGCUCUGUACAUAAAUGCAAUUGAGUUACGUUUCUCACUAGCAUUGAUGAAGGCUUUUUUAACACGUUUUUUUAUACACAUUUAUAAAAUGAAAACCCUUUUUUGUGUGUUUUGAACUUGUGCAUGACUUGCUUUUUUAUUAUUUUGAUACAAUAUUGUUUUAUAAAAAUUGUUUUGUUAAGCCCAAAAUGUAUUUUCUAUGAACAAUUUGUAUUCCAUGUUUAUACUUUUAGUAGAUUUAUAUAAAAAAUGUAUAUAAAUAUGUAAUAAAUUGGUCCAUACAAAGGUUUUCAA